AAGCAGCGCCACUUCCUUUUCGUGCUUAGACGUCCUCGUGGAUAGUAUCUUUCUAUUAGUAACCUUCCGACGAUGAAAUAAGCCAUCGCAGUAGCGUUGAGCGAAUGCUUUUUCUUGGAAAAAAGAGGUAGUCAUAUUGGAGAAAGGAAGAAACACGGAAAUGCGCGACGUACUCGCUGCAUUGCAGCAGCUGCAGGAGCAGGAUCAUAGUCAUGCUGUAACUGCGGGCAGCAAAUGCUACGCGAUUUGGUUUGUGUCCGGAACGCGGAAGCUUUACCAUUGGCUCUGGGAGGAGGUAGAGGAAGGCUUCUUCAUCGUUUCGAAAUCCGCGCCCAGCACGGAAAAUCUGCAGCCGCUCCACAUCUCCAGGACACUCUGCACGGGUGAGAAAGUACUUAAGAAGCAUACCUGUUUUGCUAGUGUUACAGUUAGUUUUAUUCCGACCUCAUGCUUAUUGUUUAACCCGCUUAGGAGCCACACUUCGCAGUUGGGUAUUGGUUCGCUCUUGAUGACGUGCGCUUCGUCUGCUACCGGGGACAAAAUUCAACUUCGACACAUGAAUGACACUGCAGAACUUCCGACGAUUUUCACGUGUGCGGAGCAAGGUGCGGCGGAAGUGCACGAAUGGGAGAGCGAGUUGACGCGCAUAGAACCCAUCCCCGACCUGUUGGAGGCCCGGAAAUUGCUUUCGGCGAUCACGGAGUUGCAGCUGCGACUGGAGUACCCGAUUUUUGUUGCGGUUCCGGGAAAGCAACACGCGGGUGGGCAAUCCAAUGACCCCGGGGUCGCGUUUCUGGGGCUGCGCACUCUAAUACCCGGAGACGAAAACCUUCGCCCUAAUGUCUUUGCGCACGGCCUUCACGUCCUGGAAACCUUCGACGUUUCGAAGCCACAGACACUGCGUACGUAAAAUAAUUUUUUGUUUGUCUUCUUUUUUUUAUUCAUUAUCAUUUCACGAAUGUUUGUUGACCCUAUCGGGAGUUUCUUGUCUCGGAAAUGAAAUUACACCCUACCUGCAGCCUACUCGAACUGCUACCUGCCGACCCUGCUUGGCGCGAGCGAGCAGGACGAGGUCGAGGUGAGUGCCCGGUUCGAGCUGGUGUCGGUGCAUCCCUCGGGGUCGCUUCGCUGGAACCGAGGGCCGUUUUGCUGUCUGGACCUAACCUUCACGUCGCAGCCGGAGGGACAGCUGUUUCCGCUGCGGUAUCCCGGCAACUGGGAGGCCAAUGUGUACGUGCGCGGGGAAAGCGAAGACGAUCUGGCCUGGCCGCACAUUCGGUUGCUCAAGUACAUCUUGUCGAAGCAAAACCAGUUGACGUCCUCCACGUCCGCUGCGGCUGCAGCGCUGUCGCCGCAGCUGAAGCGCGCUCGAAUCACUGGGGAAGCGGCACCGCAGCAGCAGGUCGGCAAUGAUAAAGGUGACCCGCAAGGAGCAGAGGCCGCGUCCGAUAGUGGCAGAAUAAUAGGUGGAGAGCCGACGUUUCGAAUCAACAGUGCGCGCGAUCCAUUGGUCUACCUGGACAUGGACACCUUUCUCAGUUCUGCGGCGUUCCACGACGAUGAUUUUGUGGACCUGUUGUGGCAUUUUCUCGCCAAGCACCUGGCGUUUGCCACCGCGGCCACGGCCUCCGAAUUGAAAUCCACGAUGAAUCGCGCGUCCUCCCGGAACGCCGCGUCAGACGUAAACGGCACCAACGCGAGUAUGCUAUCUCUCGGUGUAAACGACAGCUUUCUAUUCCCGAGCGGGGCGGACUCUCCCACGGGAAACUUGUUCGCUAGUGCGCUGGAAGUAGACGGUGGCGGUUCCCCCGGCGAGGACCACGAGAAGCAGGAGGAGGUCCUUUUUUUUACAACCGCUCUCAUUAAUUGAGUAUCGUCAUCUUAGUUUUACACGAGAGGCAAAUGCAAAUCUUUGGCUAUUGUACGGUCUCGCUUUAUCUGACACAACUUCUGGAGCCGAAAAAAACAGGAAAUUGGGAAGUAUAGCACGUCUGUGAUGGCACUAUGUAAUGAUGAUGAUGAUGAUGAUGAUGAUGAUGAAAAUCGAUUUACCAGGCGUGGAGGAAGGCGCAGGAAAUGAGCGACGCGGACAAGUGCGGCGGCGUAGUGUCGACCCUGCGAGUCGCCCUGCGAGCCGUGUUUCAGCAUUUGAACAGUGCCGGGAUGCCGUACAUCCGCAAGAACAAUGAGUCGGAGCUCGCUCGGAUGGUGUCGGAGUAUCUGGUGUGCUUCACGCGGGAGCGCAGGUACGGGGCCAACGAGCGCGAGCAGGCCCAGGAAGCGGAACGCGCGCUGCAGGAGCGGCGCGAGCAAAAGCGGCGAUUUUUCGAGCGGUUGCAGUUUCUGGAGCGACCGGGCCCGGAGAGCGACCUCGCGGUGCUGCGGCUGUUCGCGGACGCCGCCAUCGAGGCUGGCCGCGAGGAGUGCCGGCGGUAUCGCCGUAACCUGGGCUUCGAAGUGGACGACAGCUUCCGGCUCGAGCGCACCAGCAACACGCCCCGCACGUCUGAGGCGCAGUACCUCUGGCUGCGCAGCCAGUUCCACAUUGCUUCCCUGGCCGACAUCUCCACGCGGGCCGGAGUGCCCUGGGAGGCCACGAGUCGGUUGGUGCGCAAAGCGACCGCGUACUACGACGUGCACCUCGACCGGUGCCGCAACUUGCCAGUGUUUUCGCUGCCGUUGUCGCGAGUGGCGGCCACGAAGCUGGUCGGCAAGUGCGUGCCCUACGUGCGCCCGUGCUUCGUCCGCGUCGCCGGGCGGAACCGGGUGGUGCGGUUGAUCAAGGAACGGUUUCGCGUUUCGCUCCUCGAGGACCAUGACAUGGACGCAGACGGAGGAGAAAAUGUAGAGGAAACUGAGAAGGAAGACCACUACAGUGUCACGCACAUAGAUAUCCGCAAGUUCGUAGAUGAUUCGGAAGAAGACACUGCUGUCGGCAGCAGUGGGGGGAGAGGCUGACGAUAUUUAGAAAAAAAGCUGUGAAGAUUUUUUGUUCCAUCUUACUGCACCACAUUACCAUUCUGGUGGUUCUGCUGGUAUCAAGGUCCCAGUUCUGACGUUCGUAGCUUUGUGAACACUUCUUUCGGACGCUCCUGCUCAGCUUGGUUUUUUUUGCCGGGUCAGACGGACUACGGCAUCAUGAUCAUGAUCAUCUUUCGGAUGCUUACGCCACUCUGAUCUCGGAGCAAAACCGCUGUGUUUUUUCAC